AUGGAAGCCAUGUCGGUGUGUUCGCCGAUCCGUGCUGCCUCGCAGCUCCCCGCCGUUCGAUCCCUUCACGGCGACGCUCUCGGACAAUCCCUACGGAGCUCAAAUUCCGUUAGCCUACCAAUUCCCAAGGCUCUUUCAGCCGGUCAGAUCUUGCCAGGAGGCUCUGCACCUCAGAAGCUGCAGAUCCAGGCAAAGAUUCUGAAAACGAAGAGAGCACCGAGAGACCCGGACUACCCGUGGCCGGAUAAGUACAAUGCGGAGGAGAAGGGGUUUCUGGCGUUCCUGUCCAAGUUUAAGGACGUAGCCAAGCCCGCCAAGCCUACGGCGCUGCCGUUCGAGAAACCUCUGGUCGACCUCGAGAAGAAAAUUGACGAGGUGCGCCAGCUGGCGGAUAAGACUGGCAUGGACUUCACGGACCAGGUGCAGGAGCUGCAGGACAAGUAUGAGCAGCUGAAGCGCGACAUCUACGCGAGAAUAACUCCGGUUCAGCGGCUCAGCGUGGCGCGUCACCCCAAUCGUCCCACUUUCUUGGAUCAUGUCCUCAACAUGACCGACAAGUGGGUGGAGCUGCACGGUGACCGCGGGGGCUACGAUGACCCGGCGCUGGUGUGCGGCAUCGGGCGCAUGGACGGCAUGAGCUUCAUGUUCAUGGGGCACCAGAAGGGGCGCAACACCAAGGAGAACAUCUACCGCAACUUCGGCAUGCCCACGCCCAACGGGUACCGCAAGGCGCUGCGCAUGAUGCGCCACGCGGACCACCACGGGCUGCCCAUCAUCACAUUCGUCGACACUCCCGGCGCCUACGCUGGCGUCACAGCCGAGGAGCUCGGCCAGGGCGAGGCCAUUGCGCACAACCUGAGGGAGAUGUUUGGGCUCAAGGUGCCGUCAGUCAGUGUGGUGAUUGGAGAGGGCGGCUCUGGUGGCGCUCUCGCUAUUGGCUGCUGCAACAAGAUGCUCAUGCUCGAGAACGCCGUGUACUUCGUUGCCAGCCCUGAGGCGUGUGCGGCCAUUCUCUGGAAGACUGCCGCCGCCGCUCCCAAGGCCACGGAGGCGCUGCGCAUCACAGCGGAUCAGCUGCAGCAGCUGGGCGUGGUGGACGAGAUCAUCCCGGAGCCGCUGGGAGGGGCACACAACGACCACAUGGCGACAUCAAUGGCCAUCAAGUCUGCCAUCAUGGCGCACAUGAAGGAUCUGGUGGCGAAGGAUGAGCAGCGCAUCAUCUGCGAGCGGGUCGGCAAGUUCCGGCAGAUGGGCGGCUUCACUGUGCCACCCAAGGUGGACCCCGCCAAGCAGCGCGCUCUCAAGAAGCGCGACCGCCCCGCCGGCCAGAGCGUCCCCGCCUCCCCUUCCCCCUCCCGUUCCGCAUCCCUGCCUUCCUGGGGUUCCCAGCCUCCUGCCGCACCUGCUGACAAUGGCAACGGCGCCACGUAUCCUUCGUCUGUUGUGACUGAGGAGCGUGGUAAGAAGCAGGCAUCAUCUGAAGAAACGGGCAAAGAGCAGGGCAAAGAGCAGCGCGAGCAUGGCAGCAAGCAGCAGAAGUCGGAGCAGCAGCGGGAGACGGAGAAGCAGGAGAGGGAGCAGCACGAGAGGGAGCAGCACGAGAGGGAGCAGCACGAGAGGGAGCAGCACGAGAGGGAGCAGAAGAGCGGAGCGGAGCAAAAGAAACGGUCAAGUGACAGUGAGAGAAGGGUGAACGAGGCUGAGGAGAGGUUUUUCGGGCAGGAACAGGAGGGGCAGGAAGGGGAGGGGCAGGAACGGGAAGGAGAGUUGACUAGUCACAGGACUCGUCUGUGUGCUGUUCGCUGGGACAGGCAGCCGGCCUUUGAGUGCGUGACAGGUGGCGAGUGCUCGCAAGAUGCGGGUGUCUUCGUUUCUGGUGAGUGGAAUCAGGGCAAGAGGCAGUCUGUCCGUUGUGCUGUGGUGGUGACGUGUCACAUUGCACGUGUGCUUCGUGUGGCACAGGACGACUCAUGCAGUGGGACGUUGCCCCUGCUGUCCCUGCACAGCAGCAUGGUCAUGCAGCGAACAACACCCCAGCAGCACCACAGCACAGCCCCACGGCACAAGCUUCCACUAGCAGCAGACAUCCCACCUCUGCUGACGCCUGCCUUCCUCUCCUCCCAUCGCUUCCUCAUUGGGUCACCAUCACCUCUGUCUCUGUGGGCCUCCAACAUUGCCUCGCUCUUUCAGGUAAUGUUUCAGGUGCCUGCUGUGCUGUGUGCUGCUUCUAAGCUCUUCCCGUCCUCUGCCCAUGCUCUCUCUCCAUCCUCACCCUAUUCUCUCCCAUAUUGUCCCCAUUCUGGGAAGCUGGGGAUUCAAAUUAAACCACACACGCACGAACUCAUCUCUCGCUCCUCCCCUCUCUACCCCUCAACCAGAGCAAGCAGUGGAACGGUGUGGGUGUGGGGCGAGGGCGGCAGCGGAAUGGUGUGGGCGUGGGGCGAGGGCGGUGAGGGGCAGCUGGGGGUGGGCAGGCGGGUGGGAAAGGUGACAGUGCCAGUGUGCGUGAUGCUGCCUGCUGCUCCUGCAGCAUCCGUUAUAAGCACAUCCGCUGUAGCAGAGUGUGCUGCUAGAGAGGACUCGAUAAAAGCAACAGCAGUGGCCUGUGGAGGGAGGCACAGCCUUGUGCUGGCAGGUGGGUGGGAAGCAACCAUAGAAGAGGAUGGCUCGCUUUUCUCCUUUGGAUGGGGCCAGUAUGGGCAGUGUGGCCACGGCACAUCAGACGACCAUCUCUCCCCCACCUGCCUCACCUCCUUUGCCGCCCUCUCAGUAACAGCCAUUGCUGCUGGUCUCUGGCACUCUCUUGCCCUCGCCCUCCCCGCUGGUUCGAUCAGCAACCGUGGUGCCGCUACUGGUUGUGGUGCCGGUGGUGAUGCUGACGUGGAGGUUGGCAAUGCUGAUGUGGAACUGGAAGGGGGUGACGUGUACAGCUGGGGAGGCAAUCAGUUUGGCCAGCUGGGCACUGGAGACACGGCAGCUAAGGUGUUUCCAACGCUAAUAGAUUCUCCGAAUCUGGACAAUCGUUCGCUGAAAGCCAUCUCCUGUGGAGCGCGGCACUCAGUUGCUGUCACCACCGAUGGUGCUCUUUUCGUUUGGGGUUCCAACAAGUUCGGGCAGGACCAGCUCUUAAUCUGCCGCGACGUGCGCCUCGAACCCGGACGAAACCUCGGAGCGUAUCAGCUUCCAGAUGCUGACGUGGACGGCAGCACUCAUGACACAGCAGGCGCGGUCGACGCACACUCGCGUUCCGCGUCUCACGGACACUCCCGCCCAGUGUUUCUUUUCAAUAAGAUGCGCCUCCUUCCGAAAUCUCCUCCUCCCGCGGUAGAAGAAAUCGAGGAGAUGAUUGUACCAGAAGUGAUUAUAACGGUGGGUGAGCCCGGCGGCGAACCGUUACAUCCGUUAGACCGGUCGGGUAACCCGCUCCUCCGAGCCAUCCCGUCGUACGAACGGCAGUUCCGUCAGGAUCUGUUACAGGCUCAGGCGUAUCUCGCCGCCAGCCAAUCGCGUUUCGACACGUGUCGGCGGCUCCUUCAGGAGCAGCACACGCAAGCAGAAGCCGUCCGUUCCGGAUCUGCCAGCAUGGAAGCUAUGGCCCUCCAUAUAGUCACAUCGUUUGCGGAUUUCCAGUCCACGUAUAAGCAACAGCACUGCCGGCACGAGCUCCUUCUGCGAACCUUCCACCGGAACCUCCGCGCGUUGCACUCUUGUCGUUUACUGGCGCCCGUCCGGGCGGCAACCGGGUGGCAGAGCCUCGUGCAGCUGGCGAAGGAGCCGCAGCUGCAGCAGGCGUUCUCGGAGUGCCACGUGGCGCACGCUCAGAUGGCCACGAAGGUCGCUGAGCUGGAACAGCAGUUUGAGGACACGCGGGCGGGGAUUGACGAGCUGAUAGGCGCGGGGGGAGGGGGAAGCGUAGCAACCGCAGUCAGCGGACUUGGGACUGAUGCUGCUACAGGGGCCGCGGGCGCACACGCGGGCGCGGGUGCGGGCGCGGGCGCGGAAGGGCGGCGGAGGGAGGCGGAGGUGGUGCGGGAAGUGGAGGGGAUGGUGGAGGAGGGGCAUCGGUUGCUGGAGGAGCAAGAAGUCAUCCUUGGCGUUCUGGGCAAUGACUAUAACACAGUGUGGCAGCUCCCCACGACCGCACUCUCUCAUGCGCCAUGUCUCCCCCUCUGUCCUUCGUCCUUCCCCCUCUCUCAUCUCCUAUCCAACCCCAGCAAGGAUCUAAACACACACCGGCAGCAGCACCAUGCUGACGUGGACGACGAGGACGCUGAUGUAAGCCACUCAAACGAUGACGUGGCGGGCGGCAGGAGCGCAGAAGAGCUAGCAGUGGAUAACAUGCGGCUCAGGGCGGAGCUGAUUGCGCUCAGAGUGCUGGGAGCAGUUGGGGUGGGUGCUGCUGGGGGCGGCUCAUCUGGGGUAGGCUUAUCUGGAGGGGUUUUAUUUGCGGUGGGGUCUGCUGCAGGUGAAGGUGCAUGUGGUGGUGGGGAAGAAGGAGGGGGGCACGUGGCAGAGUGGCAGCAGCUGGUGCAGGCGCUGCAGCUGAGGGGGCAGGUGGUGCGGCACGUACAGGUGGCGCUGCGUGAUAGGCAGGCGCAGGUGCAGGCGUACGAGCGGCGAAUCAGAGAGCUGGAAGGGAUGCUGGGCGAUAUGAGCCGAGAUAUUUCCAGAGAUAUUUCUAGAGGUAAUAGAGAUAUGGGUGGAGAGCUUGGUACAGUGGUGAAACAAGAUAGGACUUCAGAGGAGGAGGGUGCACCGGAGGAGAAGAGGGCGAUGCGGGAGAGAGGGAAACAGGUGGGAGAGAGUGAGAGUGAGGUGGAGAGGAUGAGUGAGGAGGAGAGAAGGAGAGAGGUGGAGAGGAUGAGUGAGGAGGAGAGAAGGAGAGAGGUGGCAGGUGUCCAGGUCCCGUCGUUCGCACAUGAUAUCCCUGCAGGUGAGCAAGAGGAGGUGCAAGCCACGUUGAGUGAGCUGCAGUCGUUGCAAUCCAAGCUCACUGCGACAGAAUCGCAGCUAUCCGCAGCUCAAUCAAAUCUGUCUGCAGGAGAAUCAAAUCUGGCCACCAUCCAAUCGAAGCUCACCGCGGCGGAAGCCAGGCUGGCAGCCGCCGAAUCCCAGCUGGCAGAGGCCCGGGAUGAGUCAGCACGGCUCGAGGCGCUGCUGAGCGAGCGCAGCGCUGAGCUGGACGCCCGCACUGUAGAUAUUAAUAAUAUUACUCUCGAGUUUAGUGCUUGUAAAGAGGAAUUGAGUCUGUGUAUAGUAGAGCGUGAGCGGAAUCAGGGGCGGCUGGAGGUGCUACAGCAGGAGCUGGAACAGGUUAGUCAGCAGCAGAGGCGUGAGGCUGCCAGAGUGGCGGAUCUCGAAGCUGACGUGGAACAGAAGGAUGCUGAGCUGGCAAGGCUGGCCGCUGACCUGGCGGCUGCUGAGGUGGCGGUGGGAAGACUUGCCGAGCUGGAGGAAAAGGCCGGUGGGUCGGUGCAGCUGCAGCAGCUGGUGAUGAAGAGGUGGGGAGCGGUGGAAAGGGUUGGAGUUGAAGGGGCAGCAGCAGGAACGGGAGGAACCAGGGAAAGGAAGGAUGGUGUAACAGCUGGUUUGGAUGCUGAUGCGGGAUUGGGUUGGCAGGGCAGUGACGUGGAGAGACACGCAGCAGCAGCAGAGGAGUCGACUGCCACCUCACCCGGGCAGGGCUGUGACGUGGCGAGACAGGUGGCAGCAUUGGAGGAGGCGCUGCGGAGGAAAGCCGCCAUGCUGGCAGAAUGCCAGCUCAACUGCGCCCACCUGGAGAACCGGCUGCAUGCAGCUAGGAGCGCAGCGAGGACUGAAGCACAGAGCGAGGAGAGGAUUGAGGGACGUGUGCUCAAAAGCACUGAGAUAGCAGAGUGGCAGCGCAAGUGCACCGAUCUGGAAACCCGGCUGCACGAGGCAAGGAGUGAGGCGCGCACGCUUCGCUGUGCCGCGGACCGGCGGGCGGCGGAGAGCGGCGGGUUGCGGGCGGCAGCGGUGCGGCUGAGAGGGCUGAUGGAGCGAAUCAACCGAUGCCUGCAAGCAAACAGCCUUGGGGCUGUGGUCGAGGGGCUUAGUGGUUUAGCUGACUCGCUGGGGGAGGCAACGGGUGGUGUGGGUGGAGGGGCAGGAGCAGCAGGAGCUGCUGCGGCUGCAGCGGCCGCUGCUGGGUCUGCUUUGGACCUGAGCAGGAGUGCUGUUCUCGCUACAGGCAAUCCUGCUAUGGGCGGCCCUGCUAGCGGCAUGGGCAGCAUGAGCAGCAUGAGCAGCAUGAGCAGCAUGAGCAGCAUGAGCAGCAGCGCAGGUGCUGCUGCUGCGCCGUCUGCUUCAGCUGCUGCCCCUGCUGUCCCGGCAGCAGAGGAGUGGGUGGUGGCAGCGGUGAGAGCAGUGGCGGUGGGCGUGGGGAGAGUGGUGGAGCGAGGGCGCAGGGCAGAGGGGGACGCCCACCGCCUGGCACGGCAGCUGCAGCGAACGUCUGAUGCGCUGGUGGAUAUGGCGGAGGGGGACGCCCACUGCCUGGCACGGCAGCUGCAGCGAACGUCAGAUGCACUCGUGGACAUGUCUUCAAAGCACGAGCUGGUGAAACAGAUGAGGGUGAAGCAGGUGAGGGUGAAGCAGGUGAGGGUGAAGCAGGUGAGGGUGAAGCAGAUCGCGCGUGAGAGGGUAGCAUUCACUCGCUUCCACUCGCACGACAUUGCUGCCUUUGUGCCCGUGGGGGGGAGGGGUGGUUGCCACUACCGCGCACUCUGCUCGCCCGACGCCGCUGCUCUCACGUGCCAAGUCACGUUCCAGCUCACGUGCCAAGUCACGUUCCAGCUCACGUGCCAAGUCACGUUCCAGCUCACGUGCCAAGUCACGUUCCAGCUCACGUGCCAAGUCACGUUCCAGCUCACGUGCCAAGUCACGUUCCAGCUCACGUGCCAAGUCACGUUCCAGCUCACGUGCCAAGUCACGUUCCAGCUCACGUGGCAAGUCACGUUCCAGCUCACGUGGCAAGUCACGUUCCAGCUCACGUGGCAAGUCACGUGGCAAGUCACGUUCCAGCUCACGUGGCAAGUCACGUUCCAGCUCACGUGCCGAGUCACGUGGCAAGUCACGUUCCAGCUCACGUGGCAAGUCACGUUCCAGCUCACGUGGCAAGUCACGUUCCAGCUCACGUGGCAAGUCACGUUCCAGCUCACGUGCCGAGUCACGUGGCAAGUCACGUUCCAGCUCACGUGGCAAGUCACGUUCCAGCUCACGUGCCGAGUCACGUGGCAAGUCACGUUCCAGCUCACGUGGCAAGUCACGUUCCAGCUCACGUGCCGAGUCACGUGGCAAGUCACGUUCCAGCUCACGUGGCAAGUCACGUUCCAGCUCACGUGCCGAGUCACGUGGCAAGUCACGUUCCAGCUCACGUGGCAAGUCACGUUCCAGCUCACGUGCCGAGUCACGUGGCAAGUCACGUUCCAGCUCACUGUGUGUGGUGCGGUGCAGUGUGUGUGGUGCGGUGCAGUGUGUGUGGUGCGGUGCAGUGUGUGUGGUGCGGCGCGGCGUGCUCUGCGGUGCGGGAUGUAG